AAAGGAAAAUUUCCCCACUCGCUCGCUUUCCCCAUCGCCGCGACGCCUCACUCUCCCAAGCGGCCAAGCACUACGGCGAUCGCCGGCCACCGCGGCGAGGCCCAGGCCAUCUCGCGACGCCGCCGGAGCAAACAGCAUGUGGAGCUGGUGUGGCGUGAGAGGCGUGGCGUCGGUGGCGGAGCGGGAUGGGGGAGGGUCACCGCGCCGUGCCGGCUGCCGCCGCCGCCGCGGCGGCCGACGGCAGGUCCCGCGAGUCGAACCUCCCCUGGGUGGCGCGCCAGGUGCUCACCCGGCGACCGGCGCUGCCGCCUCGUCCUCUCGAAUCGCUAGGGAAGAGGAGCAGGCGGAGGCGCGGCCGUCGUGGUCGGAUCUCCCCGCGGACCUCAUCGGCCAGGUGCUCGUCCGCCUCCCGUCCCACGCCGACCGCGUCCGCCUCCGGGCGGUGUGCCGGUCGUGGCGCGCCGACGCCAAGCGGCAGGCGGCGGGGCUGCCCCCGCCGCUGCCGUGGCUCGCCCUCCGCGACGUCGGCCUGCUGGACCUCGACGGCGCCCCCAUCCGCACCGCGCUGAUACAAACAGAGGGCACCAGCAGCUUCCUCGCCGUCGACAACCUGGCCUUCCUCGAGCAGAAAGACGGCGGCUGCUGCCUGGUAAACCCUCUCUCUGGAUCGAUGGCGAUCCCUCUUCCCCAGCUGGCCGACGCCGUGCUCAGAGCGAGAAUGAAAUUCAAGUGGGAUGUGUACACCAAGGUGAUACUGUCCUCGCCGCCGGAUUCGUCGAUGGAUCCCCUGAUCGCCGCCCUGAUAUCUGAGCACCACUAUGUUGUUAUCUCUACUUGCAAGCAUCAUGAUGCGAUCAGUGUCGGCUAUGACAGCAACGUGCCUCUCGCCGACAUUGCGUUCUUGAACGGGGAGCUCUACGCCCUCACCAUGAAGGAGGGGCUCUAUGUCUAUAGUCCCAACAAUGGCUGCCUCGGCGCACCGAUGAACGUGUCACCGGGAGGAUUUCAUCAGCGAAUCACCGAUGCUCCUAAAGAGAGGGAGCUCUACUACUUCUUGCCUGGCCUUUUGUAUGUGGUCUCGCGAUACCUAGCGGUGUGCGAUGGCAGGUUGUUCAUGGUGAGGAGGUGGCUGAGCGUCCCUGCGCACACUCGGUUGGGUGAUGAGGAGAGGACCAGCUGGUUUGAGGUCUUGGAGGCAGACCUCACCAUAGCCCCUUGCCAGUGGAGAAGGUUGCACAGAUUGGGUGGACAUGCAAUCUUCCUUGGCUCAAAAUGCACCAAGUUCGUCCGCGCUAGCCAGUGUGUAGGUGGAGUUCAGGAAGAUUGCAUCUACUUCAUGCAUAGGAUUUAUGACAAUCAAGCCAGGGAGUACUGGGGUCUACAUGCUGAUCCUCUUGGUGACUCUGGUGUUUACAACAUGAGAACCGGCGCAAUCAAGCCAUUGCUUCCAGAAUCCCGGCUGGCUGAGCUGCCUCUCAAACACCAGUUCCCGACUUGGUUCUUCCCCACUGAUUUGUAGCUUGUUGUUGAAGUCCUUUGUCUGGUUCUGGUUUGUAGUUGUUGAAGGCCACAUUAGUGGGUUGCUUUACUCUCUACUUGAUGGUUCAGCAUACAAUACGUUGAUGAAAGCUUGAAGGAGAAGAAUAAACUAUACUCCUGAAUCCUGAUGGUGUAAUGUUGGGAGGUCUUCAGUCCUCUUUAUUCUGACUGGUGUUAGGCUGGUCCUGUACAUAUCAAUCAGUAGCAUUUGUAGUCUCAUGAUUCUGCUGGUGUAAUUGUUCCAAAUAUUUUCAGUUUAUCUUAUGCCGGUGGGCAUUAGGCUGAUCUUGUACA